CUCGAAUACUCCUGGACAUUCCGUGUCGUGUGUGCAAAGAUCACUCGUCUGGCAAGCACUACGGUAUCUACGCUUGUGAUGGAACUGCCAACGGAACCAAGCUAUCCACUGCUGUCGGUGGAUGCCGAGUGGACAAGUCUCACCGAAACCAAUGUCGAGCAUGUCGCUUGAAAAAAUGCUUAGAGGUGGGAAUGAAUAGAGAUGGUAAGUCAUACUUCGUGGGGUAUUCCUUGUCCUUCCUUGUUGAUUUAGUCAUGU